GUAUCUUAACGCUGAUGAACGCCUGUACGCUGAUGCUGUUGAGUGUUGCGUUUAGGGAAAUCUCGAAAACUCGUCAACACGCGUGCACUGAUGAGAGCGGUCUGUUCUUGCGGUCGGAGGCAGAUGGUCAGUGUAAGGGAAAGACCGGUGCUAUAGUUAUUCUUUCUAUAUUUCAGGUCAAAUACCUAGGCCAGAGCGACGCAAAAGGUCUAUGGGGAAUCAAGCAUACGAGAAAGCCUGUUGAUCUCAUGGUAGCGGCAGCAAAGGCAUUGCCUCCAGAUCAAAUCCUGCCAAUAGUGAAACUGAAGAUCACGGUAGAUGGUGUAUUUAUGGAGACAGUCAAUAUGGGCUUGAAGAAAGAAGAUUUCCAGCAUAUGAGCAUGUUUUUUAACAUUGAAAGCAUUUCUUAUGGAGUGCAGGAUCUAGUCUACACCAGAGUAUUCUCCAUGAUAAUAGUAAAGGAUACUGAAGCCGCGAAGGGGCUUAACCCGUUCGAGUGUCAUGCGUUCGUCUGUGAGUCUAG